AUGCCGACGUAUCCCAUCCGCCGCCGGCCACGCGAGUGCAAGACCUGCUUGCCAUGUCGCGCCAGUAAAGUCCGCUGCGAUCGCGAAGACCCCUGCGGGAAUUGUGUCAAGCGGAAUUUCACCUGUUCCUACGGUCGCCCGCCAUCCACCAAACCAUCGGCCCCGGUCCCUCUCCACCCAUCCUCCACGCCGCUCCAGCCGUCUUUUGCAUCGCCCGCUACUGCGCCAUCUUACACAUACAGCCAACAAGAUACCUCAUACGUCGGCCCGUCUUCCGGGACUGGCGAUGAUCAUGAUCAGGAUCAGGAUUUGGACCUUCCGGAGGUCAUCGAUAUCUCGCAGGUCGAGUGGGACGAGAUAAAUUCCAAGAUGGCGGCCAUGGAACAGAUCCUUGGGAGUCUGCAUUCUCUCUUCGAGGCUCACUCGCAUAAGCAAAGGGAGGAUCGGAGUAUGGAGCGCAAAAAUUCCACCCGGUCGGAGGGUGUCUACGGGUCGAAUGUGUUGAAGACUGGUGCUGUCCAUCUUGGCGCGAGGUCUGCGCUGGUGGAUAUCCUGGACAAAUCCAAGAACUCGGAGGAUACAGCGCAGGCGCUACCCCAAGAGGAUCUGCUUGCUGACCUGGCACUGGGCAAUGAGUCGGUCGCGUAUCCAUUCGUGGAUCUUUGGUCGUCGGAUCCGUACACGUUUAACAUUGCGGGAGUGUGUUCGGUUCUUCCGGACGAUGAUCUUUGUUGGAGAUUCGUUAAGUUCUAUAAAGAUAUCGGUGCGGUGUUGUACCCUGUACUACCAGAUCUUGACAAGAUCGAACGACAGACGAAUCAAAUACUUUUGGGAAGGCAACAGGCCGGUGGUGUCUAUAAACCAGACGCCAAUGGAUUAGUCAAACCCUUCGGGAUGGACUUGCCCUUCCUCAGCUUACUUUUUGCCAUUCUUGCCUCGGGAUGUCAAUUGUCCGAUCUCCCGGGGCGCGACCGUGAGCUGACAUCAUGGGUAUACGUGUCAUGCGCAUAUCAGUGCUUGCGGAUGAUCAAUUACGUUUCGCAACCCACAGUAGAGGUUAUACAGAUUCUACUCAUUAUCAGCAAUGUAUUAUCAUAUAACAUGAACGCCGGUUCGUCCUACACAUUACUCGGCAUGACAGAACGGUUAUGUCUCGUUCUCGGUCUUCAUGUCGAAACGACCGGACUCUCAUCUGAAGAGCAAGCCGUUCGACGGCGUGUGUGGUGGGCGAUGGCUUUCCAGAACAGCCACUUUUCACUUGCUUAUGAUCGACCUUCAAUCACGAUGGUCAGCCAACCCGACAUUCCAUUUGAUCGUAAAUCAAUGCCGGGGCAUCGAUCCCACGUUGAAACCAUGUGUCGGAUCGUAUCGCUUGCAUUGGAAUUAUUACGGUCGCGAAUGGACUCGAAUCAUUCUCACACCAAGUUCCAUGACAUUCAAGAAUACAAACACCGGAUCCAGCGCACCCUUCUCGACGCCGCGCCACACCUGCGUCAUCGAGAACAUUGCCGAACGCUAGCCGAUCAUAUCGAACGGACGGAGCUGCGACUUCACUCCUCAUAUCUUCUUUCAGUCAUAUGUCGAGUUUCAUUAGAUUCGCAUGCACAUUUAGAUCCACAGCGUCGAAAACUGGUUCGGGAAGACUGUAUUAGCAGCCUGAUUAACACGGUAGAUGCAUUCGUGGAAUUGCACGAAAUCAAUUCACAUUGCUCUCGGUCCUGGAUUAGUCUGCAAAGGUCCAUUGCCUCGGCAUUCUUGCUGAUCACCAAUGACGAUAGCCCUCGGACCUGGGAACUCAUUGACCGUCUGGAGAAGGUCUUAGGCGAACAUGUUUACGCAGACGGUGCUGCCGACCAUAACAAUCGCACUGAUUCCGCCAAGCAUCUCGCCUCGUCUCUUCGUGCCUUACGUGAGAUCCGAAAAGCGUUCCGCGUCCGCAAACCUGCGGCUGCCCCAGCUCAAGGCCAAUACCAAACCUGCUCACCACUGGUAUUGCCUUCCCCUCCAUCAAUCGUCACCACUCCCGAACUCCCUCCAACAUUUGCAAAUGCUGGCAAUUCCGGACUUUCCAUGGAUGGUUGGAGUAUGCGCAACAUCCUAGGUCGCGUGUCAGAUGUCAUGCUGUUCCCAAGCAUGAGUGGACAAAGCCCAGCUGUAUAG